AUGUCGAUGAGCCCAAAGCAUACGACUCCUUUCUCAGUGUCUGACAUCUUGAGUCCUUUGGAGGAAAGCUACAAGAAAGUGGGCAUGGAGGGCAGUAACUUGGGGGCUCCCCUGUCAGCCUACAGACAGUCUCAGGUUUCUCAGCCGGCCAUGCAGCAGCACCCCAUGGGCCACAACGGAACGGUGACUGCCGCCUACCAUAUGACAGCGGCAGGGGUCCCCCAGCUCUCCCACGCUACGAUGGGGGGCUACUGCAAUGGGAACCUGGGCAACAUGAGCGAGCUCCCGCCUUACCAGGACACCAUGCGGAACAGCGCUUCGGCGACAGGAUGGUACGGCACCAACCCGGACCCCC